AUGAAUGAAGAUGCACUCAUAUUCCAACAAUUCACAGAGCAACUUGAAGAGGAGGCAGAUGAAGAGUACUGGGAGAUGGGUGCUGCUUCACUCGGCGUCAUAGUGGGAGGUGCCGAGAUCUCACGUCAGUUACGGAAUGAACGACGUCGCGAAACCUGCCAAUAUCUUACCCGCCCUGAACUCCUGGAGAACCCCCGGAUUGCGACACCAUGGACCUCCCUUUACGACAGCAGGAGUGACCGUGCAUAUAUCACAACCAUGGGGUUCGAUGUUGCCACCUUCGAUUUCAUUCUCGAGUCGGGAGAUCCACGACCAGGCGGCCAAUCUUUGGAUCCCCCAGGGGCCCUUGGCCUUGUCCUCCAUUAUCUCAGCUCCACGAUGCUCGAUGUCAGCUUGCAGCAAAUCUUUGCUCUCAUCCCUGCCACAGUUGUCCGGUAUCUUGACUUCUCACUUGACAUACUUCUCGAGGUCUUGCGAAGAAUGCCAGAUGCCCGUAUCAAGUGGCCAAAGGGUGGCCCAGGUGGUGGGCAAUUCCAAGAAUACAAUGAUCUUAUCAUUGAUGAAGAUAUUGAGAAUGCUACCUACAACGGGUGGCUCUCAGAGCAUUUUGUCAGCUCAGUACUUGUGUUCUCACCGAAAGGCAAGAACAUCAAUGCUAUUGUAACUUCAUUCACUGAUAAUAUCUUAGGUGAAAUCAUUGAUGCUGUUGUAAAUGCACCAGGCAGUUGGCACGAUGCUAAUGUUGCUCGUCCUAUUUUUGAACGGCUUCGCACACGAACACCACCUGGAUACUACCUCAUUGCUGACACAGCAUUUCCUCGUGGAACACAAUCCAUUGCAGGACGCAUUCGCGCCCCGCUCAAGGCUGGCCAGGCUGUGCGAGGUACGCCAGACGAGAUUGCGGAGCGAAUGGCCUAUGACCAUGAGCUUCUCUCAUAUCGGCAAACAGCCGAGUGGGGAAAUCGAGGUCUUCAAGGAGCAUUUGGUCGUCUCCGUGUUCCACUUCCCAUUGACAAUGCAGAACGUCGAGGAAAUCUCCUUGAGAUCUGCAAUCGCCUCAAUAAUCUGCGCACAAGACGAGUGGGAAUCAAUCAGAUCCGGACUGUAUACAUGCGAUACUGGCAGGACACAGCUGAGGACAUUGAUAUCUGGCAGAACUUUGAGAAUAUGCUCUUCUCAGAUCAACGAAAGAACGAUAGAGUUGCUCGCUUCCAUACUUACGCAGAAUACAUGUAA